GUUAAACAAACAAACACAGGUUAAUCGCCAAUCAUUUCCGCACGGUGGACGUCUCGCCCCUGUCGCGACUUAACCUCCUCCCGUUUUGUCCUCAUCGCCCGCUUCUCCCCCUCUUUAAAAUCCCAGGCCCUGCUGCCAGUCCCGGCACCGAGACAGCCAGUGAUCGACCGAGACAGAGACAGGAGCAGAGAGCAGAGCAGCCACUAGCUUAGCAGAGACCGAGAGCAGCGGAGAUGGUGAAGAUUCCGAGCCCCAGGAGGCUGUUCAGGAGCCGGUCCAGGAGCACCGCCACCAGCGUCGGCAGCGCGGACAUCUGCGCCAUGGUCGCCGAGCACGAGAAGAUCGAGUGGGAGGUGCGCCCCGGCGGGAUGCUGGUGCAGAAGCGGCGGUCGCCCGAGGAGGACGCGGCCGCCGUGGAGUACAUCCUGGUGAGAGUCUCCACCGGUUGGCAGUGGCACGACGUCUCCAUCGACGCCACCGCGACCUUCGGCGACCUGAAGGUGAUGCUGUCGCUGGUGACCGGGCUGUGGCCCAGAGAGCAGAGGCUGCUGUACAGGGGCAAGGAGAGGGACGACUGCGAGCACCUGCACAUGGUGGGCGUCCAGGACAAGGACAAGGUGCUGCUCCUGGAGGACCCGGCCAUCAAGGAGAGGAAGCUCAGGUCAACCACCUUGGCGCAGCUCAUGGGGGUGCCCUGCCACUCCUUCAUCCAAGUGUAGACAGAGAAAUCCCCAGAAUUUCUUGCCAGUUUUUGUUUUUCCUGUCUUCUUUUUCCAGUUUGCCUGCGUGAGCGACAGAGCGAAGGUUUCAGUUCAGUCUAACUGCAGUGUUCAGAGCCUGCUGAGUUUCAGGGCUUGAAUUCGGUAAAUGGAAUCAAGACAUUUGCAAACAAUAGGAUAUAAUAUAUGAUGAUAAAUACAUGGUGUAAAUUACUGUGAACGGGUAAUGCAACCCCAGUGCCAGUGUGAGCCAGUAAUUCUUUGUUUCUUAUUCUGUAAUCUGUAUAUAUUCUUUUCUUGAGAUCAGCAAUACAGUUCGGAAUUUCAUAGCUCCUCUGUAAA